CGAACCUGGAGAGGGGAACCAGGAUAGGCUGGGCAGGCUGGGCCGGUCCCCGUCCAGCACAGCCUCCCGUGCUGGCGGGGUCGCUGCACGUGGCCGUGGUGCUGUACACUGCCGACACCGUCCUCGUCCCGGUGGAGCCCGAGUAGAGCGACAUGGCCGCCCAGCGCGCCGACGUCCAGCUCGCGCCGCUGGACGGCAAGAAGGCCGCCACGCCGGCGGAGACGAGCCAUGGGCAGGGCGCGGAGUACGACCGCGAGAAGUGGAACAAGCCCAUCGAGUUCGUGCUGUCCGUCAUCGGCUUCGCCGUGGGGCUCGGCAACAUUUGGCGGUUCCCCUACCUCUGCUACAAGAACGGCGGGGGCGCCUUCCUCAUCCCUUACUUCUGCUGCCUCAUCGCCGGCGGCGUGCCCAUCUUCUUCCUGGAGGUCGGCAUCGGCCAGAUGACCAGCCAGGGCGGCAUCACCGUCUGGGACAUCUGCCCCGUGUUCAAGGGCAUCGGCUACGGAACCACCAUCAUCUGCUUCCUGCUCAACGUGUACUACAUCGUGAUCCUGGCCUGGGCCGCGCACUUCUUCUACUACUCGUUCUCGGCGACGCUGCCCUGGGCGUCGUGCUCCAACGCGUGGAACACGGCGCGCUGCUUCACCGUGGCGAACCGCACGGCGCCGGGCCGCGUGGACGCCGUGGUCGAGUACUGGGAGCGCAAGGUGCUGGGCCUGAGCUCGGGCAUUGACGACCCCGGCGGCCUCCAGUGGGAACUCGCCAUCUCGCUGUUCGUCGUGUGGCUGCUGGUCUACUUCUGCGUGUGGAAGGGCAUCAAGUCCUCCGGCAAAGUCGUCUACUUCACCGCCACCUUCCCCUACGUGAUGCUGACCGUGCUGCUGAUCCGCGGCGUGACGCUGGAGGGCGCCCUGGACGGCAUCAUCUUCUACCUCAAGCCGGACUUCAGCAAGCUGCUCGAGGCGCAGGUCUGGAUUGACGCAGGGACGCAAAUCUUCUUCUCGUACGCCAUCGCGCUGGGCUGCAUGACGGCCCUGGGCUCGUACAACCACUACAACAACAACUUCGUGCGGGACUGCAUCUUCAUCUCGGCCACCAACAGCCUGACCAGCCUGUACUCGGGCUUCGCCAUCUUCAGCGUGCUGGGCUUCAUGGCGCAGGAGUCGGGCGUGCCCAUCGCGCAGGUGGCCGAGUCCGGCCCCGGCCUCGUGUUCAUCGCCUACCCGAAGGCGGUUACGCAGAUGCCGAUGGCGCCGCUGUGGUCCGCCCUCUUCUUCUUCAUGAUCAUCCUGAUGGGGCUGGACUCGCAGUUCGUGGGCGUGGAGGGCUUCAUCACGGCGCUCGUCGACCUGUUCCCCGGGACGCUGCGGCGCGGCCACCGCCGGGAGGUCUUCAUCGCCAUCGUCAGCGCCGUCAGCUUCCUCAUCGGCCUCUUCAUGGUGACCAGGGGUGGAAUGUACCUGUUCCAAGUGUUCGACUACUUUGCCGCCAGCGGGAUGGUUCUGCUGUGGUUCUGCUUCUUCGAGUGCAUCGCCGUUGCCUAUGGCUACGGCGCAGAGCGCUUCUACCAAGACAUCACCGACAUGAUUGGCUGCAUCAGUCCGUGGUUGAAGGCUUGCUGGCUCGUGCUCACCCCCAUCGUCACCAUGGGCAUCCUGGUGUUCUCAGUCAUCUCCGCGCCGCCUCUGACCUACAACCGGACCUACCACUACCCCGCCUGGGCCCUCGUCUUGGGCUGGUCCAUGGCCCUCGUGUCCAUGGUCACAAUACCAAUUUACUUCUUUUUCUACUUGUUCUCAAGACCUGGGAAAACUUUAAAAGAGAAAUGGAAAGAGGCACUCACUUCAAAGACGGAGCAGCAGGUGGCAUAGAAGUGUCUCUUAACAGGUACAUUGUAAAAAAUAAAAACGCAGUAUCCACAACACUGAAUCCACCUCAAGAUAACUAGUCAUAAUUCACAGAAGUUACAACAUGAACCAGUGAAACUUCAAUCUAACAUAUAUCACAUCAGUACAAGAGGUACACAAGAGUCAAAUCAGCUAUUUCUGCAAUUAGGCAACAAAUGGCAUGGAAGGUAGAUCAGGGGCACAGACUUGGUGCACCAAAAGUACGUCCUGGUAACUUUUUUUAAUAAUUUGUAAAAAAAAUUACUAAUACUGGUUUUAAAACAAUGUUUUAAAGCUAAAUAUGAUGGUCUAACCCAAAUACACCACAGUAGAAAAAUAGUACGUAGUAAAGUUCUUUAAAUGCAGAAAAUAGAGGAAUGAGGCAAAAUUUAAAAACAAUAAAAGUUGCAGUAGUACCCGAUAUAAAAUAGAUAAUAGUACAUUCCUUGUUCAUUCUUACAUCAUCACACAUUUGAUUUGAAGAACCCCAUCCCAUCCCCAAAACUGAGUAUGAAAGUUUCA